AUGUUUAGACAAACUUCAAGAAAAUGUGUCAGAAAACAUUCAGCAAAGUUUACCCAGAGUUUACAGAAAAUAUCAUAUGCUAAAAGACACCCUCGUGCGGACAGUGUCUUUAAAGUUGAAGAUAAAGUUUUAUUAAAAAAUCUGAGGCGUGAAGACCGAAAAGGAGGAUGGGCACUAAUGCCAUGGAUUGGUUCCUAUACAAUUCACAAAAUUAUUAGUAACAAUUCUUGUAUAUUGAAAAAUGGAGAUAAAAUUCUGAAAACCAAAAAUUUACUUAAAAACAUCAAACUAUAUCAUGAACGAAAACCAACGAAUAGUACGACUUCAGAAACAAGUAUGGAUGUUGAGUGUGAACAGACAUUACAAAUGCAGGACCAAGGAAGAUAUUUUAAUCCAGUUGGAAAACGCUGGCAACAGACCAAGUGUAGGGCACUUAAACUUGAUUUUAAGCAAAGUUUGGAGACUGAGUUGAAAAUUAAGAUUUUGAAUCAUCCGUGUGCGAUACAAAAUAUUAUUGGCGAUGGAAAUUGUCUUUUCAGAGCUCUUUCGUAUGCUGUAACUGGUACCGAAGAGCAGCAUUUAUUCAUUAGACAAAACAUAGCCACUGUAAUAUAA